AUGGCCAGACACCCCACAAGUUAUCUCUGGAAGAAGAGUGUCUUUGGCCAGCAACAAAUUGAGUAUUUGGGGCAUGUUAUUACUGCUGGAGCAGUUGCAGCUGAUCCAAAAAAACUGGAUGCCAUGUGGCUAUGGCCAGUCCCUAAGGAUCUAAAGAGUUUGAGAGGAUUUUUAGGCCUGACUGGAUAUUACAGAAGGUUUUUUAAGGAUUAUGGCAAAAUAGCCAGACCUUUGACCCAAUUGUUGAAGAAAGAUAGUUUCAGGUGGGGACCAGAACCACAACAAGCUUUUGAAACUCUUAAGCAGGCCCUUACAGCCCUUCCUACCUUAGCCAUUCCAGAUUUUUCCAAGCUUUUUGUAUUGGAAACAGAUGCAUCUGGUACUGGACUGGGAGCUGUGCUUACUCAAUUGACCUGUUAG